UCCCCUAACAUGAAGAUGAUAACAUCACUAGGUCGUAGGAAAUGUUGCUUUGCCGUAAUUACACAGUCAUUUCGAUCUGCUCAAACUUUAAUGCAAACAAAUAACAAGAACUUUUUACAGGCAAUUUCUAAUGAAGACGAUAUUUCCAAUGUCAUACGCAGGUCUCUUGAAAAUUAUACUGAUAUUACCCUUGAACCAUAUCAGAUUAUUAAAUUCUCUCUGGGAAAAAGCUUCACUAACGCUGGUGUAGACAUUCGGCAAAUAGUAAAAGAUUCGAGAGGAAAAAUUAUUGAUCAUUUUGCUUCAAGUGAAGAUGACAAAAACAUUUACACUAAUCAAAUUAAAUUUGAAUCUGUUUUCAAGGAAGGUUUCAAUGCCCUUUAUAAUACAGCAGAUGGUAAAUUAAGUAAAUGUUCAAAACUAAACUUUGCAACUCAAGCUUUCAGGACAGGAUUUUUAGAAAACCAAGAUUUUCAUGAAAGAUGCUUAGAGAAGAUGUUUUAUACUGAUGAGGAAAGUGAAUUAUUCAGGACAGUGCUUCUAGCUAACCAUCUGUUUGGAAGACUUGCAGCAAACUUUGGUCAGAAUUAUUUUGUGUCACAAGAUCACAGGUCACAUGACACAUAUAAUAAAUGUCCUUGUGAUGAGUGUGGAGAGAAAAUACCAUACAACAUUUCUGGUAUAGGAAGUGAAUUUCUGUGGUAUGGAUAUCCAGAUAUUAUUGUGAAUUCUAUUGGAGGAAGUACUAUGAUUGCAAGGCCUGAAGAAAAAGAUAGAGAUGAACAAAUAGCUGAAGGUGAUAUUUAUUUUCAGGCAGAUUUUGAAGAAAGACAGUUACUGGAAAGUGAAGAAAAUAUUGCACUUCUAAGAUAUAACAGGAAUAUUUCAAAGUUUGUCGCUCAAGCUGUCACAUUUUCUUUUUACCAAAAGUAUUAUCAGUUAAAACUGAACAAGAACAAAAUCAAUGUUGUUCCUGUAACUCUUGUUCCGACAUUAGCUGUUACUGGAACUCAUUUUGACAUUUAUUUAUAUGACCAUGAACAUGAUAUUCUUUUGCGUAAUAAAGGACCACCAAUACCGUUAUGGAGAAAUGAAUAUCCCGAGGCGGAAUUAGAAAUGUCAUCGGUACUUAAAAUUUGGAUGAUUCUCAAUCAUUUAACACUCCAACCAAGUCUUGAAGAAAAUAUAAUUCAAGAACUUAAAGGCUCAUGUCAAUUUUUACAUGCGUUAUCAUCAGGACAAAAGAAUAUGAUAGGACAGACUAUCAGUAUGAGGAAUAGGUUUUAUCCUAGACGGUAUACAGAAAUCGAUGCUCUUCCAUUGCAAAGACGGGAGAAGAUCCUGAACCCUCCAAAGAAAAAGGAUUCAAUAUGAGAAAUAUGUGGUUUAACUGCAGCCAACCACCAGUUAGGACAUGAUCUAUACAAGUCAUCCAAGAUAUGAUUAACAACUAGUUUUUCGGAGAAAAAAAACAGAGAUUUUUCUUCUGGAUAUUAUGAAAUAUAACACAUCCAGUAUUAAUCUAUUUCUAGAAUUGACACUUGACAAAGUACAUAUUAUUUGUUAAUCUCCUGUGAUUGUUGAGUUUCAAAUCAUCACUGGAGAAAAGCUGAGAAAAAAAUCAACAUAUUACUGAAUUAAACAAAAAAUAUAAUAAGCAA